AUGCCGCGCAUCUGCCUGCUGGCGCUUAUCGGCCUCCCAGGGGCGGGUAAGUCCUCGCUCUGUGACUGGCUUUUAAGCCAACAAAGUGCUCACCGCGGCCGUUACAUCGUCCACUUGUGCUAUGACGACCUCCUCGACACCCGGCUGGCCUACAGGGACCAGCGCGCUCUCGUCUUCAGGAUCCUCGAACAACUCAUUUCCGCCAUUCACGGAGCCGGUGAGUGGCCCGCCGAGGUUCCACGAACCACCUCACCCGACAGCAGCAACGCAGACUGCAUCAUACUGUGCGACGACAACUUCUACUACCGUAGUAUGCGCUACAAACUCCACCAGCUCUGCCGUUCAGAGGGCUGCACCUACGGACAGAUAUACGUCGCCAGUUCGCUCACAUCCUGUCUACAGAACAACUCCCUGCGCACUGGUAACACUCGAGUGCCGGAUCACGUAAUCCGACAGAUGCACGACCGGCUGGAGCUGCCAUCUGCGGCGGCGUGGGAGGGCGACACUCUCACGGUUUGCGAUGUCCACUCUGAAGCUAUGCGGUUGCCUGUAGUCGGGUUCCUAAACACUUUAUUGGAAAAGACUACAGGGGAGACUCAGCCACAAGUGGCUGUGGAGUCACAGCCACACACACAGUCUGGGGCGCACCGGCUGGACUUGUUGCUGCGGGCCCGCAUAAAGACAAUAAUAGAAGGGUUAGCCGAGCCAAGCGAAAGACAAGAGGCGAGCGGUCGAUUGAACGGGCGGCGUAAGCAAAUACUGACGCAUUUCCGGGCGGAGGAUGACGGCAUGCAGACAGACUUGAAUUGCUAUGUAAACUUGUUAAAUUAAGCUAAGGAUAGGCUAAAUCGUUUGUAUGCAACACUUUCACACAGUGAUAAAUACACAGCCAUGUACAUA